CAUCGGAGUCUCCGUUCCUGGCUUCCUGCAGCCGCUGCACGACUCCCUGCCGUCGGUCUCUCACCUCGUCGUUGGCCUCCCUCCUCUCGGCUCCCUCUUCGCCGCCGUAGCAGGGGUGCCGCCCUCCUUGCCGCCAGAGCAGGAGCACCUCCCUCCUCGCCGCCGUAGUAGGGGCGCCGCCCUCCUCACCGCUAGAGCAGUAGCGCCUCCCUCCUCGCCGUCAUAUCAGGUGAAAUAAUACCCGAGACUUAUUGGGAUAGCCACAGCGACAGUGCCUAUGGAUGGAGAUAAAUCAUUUGGGACCAUCGAUGAGGAAAAUAGAAGGUUUGAACUAGCAUUGGUACCACCGCCGAUUCCAUCUACUAAUUCAUAUCCAAGAGUAGAGCCAUCAAUUCCAUUUAUAGAGCAGCCACCUCCUUUAGUGGAUUGGGAUUCAAUAGCAAUUCAAGAAGAAAGAGAGGAUGAAGGACACAUAGAACUUUGUGACGAAGCACAAGUUUAUGAACUUUUAGGUUUCAGACAUGAAGAUGAGAUGGAGGAAGAAAUUAAUAUGCAAAAUGAUGCUGUCCCGAAUUCUAGUGCUGAUGGAGAAAGUGGUUAUGGAAUUCCACCGAUACAAGGUGAUGAAGGUGCACUUAUUCCGGUUGUUGAUAAUAUUCCGGAGAUGUCAAUGACUGAGCAUGAUAUGAAUAAUCCAUCUAUGGAGGUAGGAACCAGAUAUCCUAAUAUGAAGGAUUUUAGAUUGGCUGUUAGACAAUAUGCCAUAAAUAAAGAAUUCGAGUUGGGUAUUGAGGCGACCAACAAGUCCAAAUACAGAGGGUACUGCAAGGGUGAUGGAUGUCCAUGGUCUAUUGUUGGGUUCAAGAAGGAGGGUGAAGUGUCUGUUGUGGUCACAGUGUUGAAUGAUGUACACACGUGUACAUCUAGCAGUAGGAGAAGGACAACUACACCUUCGUGUAAGUGGGUUGCCUCCAAGGCAGUUUCUAUACUCAGAAUUUUGUUAAGAGAUAUUCGGGUGACAGCAGUGGACACAUGUGGCCAGCAGCUAGGGCAUACGACAAACAUGUUUAUGAGAGCCACAUGGCUAUAGUUUAUGCGGCGCUCUCUAGUGCUAAGAGCUGGUUGGAAACACAUCAAGUUUGUUGGGGGCAACAAACACAAGUCAUGGACAAGUUUUUUUAUAAAGAAAGCCAAGGAAAAAUAGUACCAAAGAAUGGUUUCCUAAAGAGUCUACGCCGGAGAGAGCAGAAACUACAAGAGAACAACUAAUGCAAGAGAGUCCUGGAAUAAUGAC